CAUCAGCGGAGGACUCACCUAGUAGCCUGCCUGUCAAACACAUCAGAUCAUGUCUCUGUCGGGCCGUCCCAACACGGUCCGGUUGGUGUUCCUAGGUGCCGCGGGGGUCGGUAAGAGCGCGCUCAUCCGCCGUUUCCUUCACGACAGCUUCGUGCACAAGUACACGCGCACAGUCGAGGAGCUUCACGUGCUGGAGUACGAGCCUGCUGGGUCUGGGAAGAUACGCCUGGAGAUCUUGGACACCAGCGGUAGCUACUCCUUCCCGGCCAUGCGGGAGCUCAGCAUCCGACACAGCGACGCAUUCGCGCUGGUGUACGCAGUGGACGACCCCGGGUCCCUCGAGGAGGUGAAGCGGCUCCGCGACGAGAUUCUGCGGCUACGGGGCGGCAAGAGCGCGCCCAUCACCGUGGUCGGUAGCAAGGCAGACCUGAAAGACACCGAGGGUCGCGUGCUGCUGGCGGCAGAUGUUAUGGCCACAGUGGAGAAUGAGUGGGACGCCGACUUCGUGGAGGCGUCCGCGCGCACCGGUGGGAACACGGUCGGAGUGUUUCGCGCGCUGCUGCAACAGGUGAACCUGCCGCACCGACUGAGCCCUGCGGUGUGGAGGCGCAGAGACACUUUGCCCAGUCCAGCAGUUAAGAAGCGACCACCACUGAAGAAGAACAAUAGCUGUGUCCUGUCAUAAGAACAUUUCCUCCGGACAGUGAUGGACUCUGCAGCUGGACUGCUCGUGCUAAGGUGUUGCUGGUCAUCACAGUCUGCGCUAGGGGUCUGUCCACAGGUGCAAAGUUGGAAGGCAGGUCCAAUAUGAACUAUAAUGAUUAUUGUGGAAGUUUCUGUGUUUUUGAGAGUGAAACAAAAAUAAGAGAGAUGAGAACUGAAACCAAGUUUGGCCUUGGUAUUUUAUAUAAAACUGCAGGUAUAGGAAUAACAAUUUCACACAGCACAGCAGCACAAUGUGGAAAAGUCAUCAAUAAGGUAGAAGAAAAACCUGGCUUAAGAUGCACCCCUGUGUUAACAUGACUCAGCAUUUCUGAUAGACACUCUAAACACAUGGGACAGUCUGGUGCCACCCUACUUCUUCCCCCCUGCACCCAUCCAGCCCGAGGUUACCAAUCCUGUUUAUCUCAACUGCCAAG